GCUGCCAUGGGGCCCAGCACUCCUUUUCUCAUCUUGCUCCUUUUGUCGUGGUCGGGACCCCUUCGAGGACAGCAGCACCACCUUGUGGAGUACAUGGAACGCCGACUAGCUGCCUUAGAGGAACGGCUGGCCCAGUGCCAAGACCAGAGUAGUCGCCAUGCAGCUGAGCUGCGGGACUUCAAGAACAAGAUGCUGCCUCUGCUGGAGGUAGCGGAGAAGGAGCGAGAGGCACUCAGAACUGAGGCUGACUCCAUCUCAGGGAGAGUGGACCGUCUGGAGCGGGAGGUUGAUUAUCUGGAGACCCAGAACCCAGCUCUACCCUGUGUAGAGAUUGAUGAGAAGGUGCCCGGAGGCCCUGGGACCAAGGGCAAGGGCAAAAGAAAUGAGAAGUAUGACAUGCUGACAGACUGUAGCUACACAAUCUCUCAGGUGAGAUCAAUGAAGAUCCUGAAGCGUUUCGGUGGCUCAGCUGGUCUAUGGACCAAGGAUCCACUGGGGCCAGCAGACAAGAUCUACGUGUUAGAUGGAACACAGAACGAUACAGCCUUUGUCUUCCCAAGGCUGCGUGACUUCUCCCUUUCUAUGGCUGCCCGGAAAGCUUCCCGAAUCAGGGUGCCCUUUCCCUGGGUAGGCACAGGGCAGCUUGUAUAUGGUGGCUUUCUCUAUUAUGCACGGAGGCCUCCUGGAAGACCUGGAGGGGGUAAAGAAUUGGAGAGCACUUUGCAGCUCAUCAAAUUCCACCUGGCAAACCGAACAGUAGUGGACAGUUCAGUCUUCCCAGCAGAGGGGUUGAUCCCGCCUUACGGGCUGACAGCAGACACAUACAUUGACUUGGCAGCUGAUGAGGAGGGCCUUUGGGCUAUCUAUGCCACCCAGGAGGAUGACAGGCACUUGUGUCUGGCCAAGUUAGACCCACAGACACUGGACACAGAGCAGCAAUGGGACACACCAUGUCCCAGAGAGAAUGCUGAGGCUGCCUUUGUCAUCUGUGGAACCCUGUACGUCGUCUAUAACACCCGCCCUGCCAGUCGGGCCCGCGUCCAAUGCUCCUUUGAUGCCAGUGGCACCCUGACCCCUGAUCGGGCAGCACUCCCUUAUUUCCCCCGCCGAUAUGGUGCCCACGCCAGUCUCCGCUAUAACCCCCGAGAGCGCCAGCUGUAUGCCUGGGAUGAUGGUUACCAGAUUGUCUACAAGCUGGAGAUGAGGAAGAAAGAGGAGGAAGUUUGA